CCAAUCCUGGCUUGGAUUGGCGUAGCUUGCUUCUUCUGUCUCCACGUGCGGAGGGCUGCCUGCCAGUCGCCGGGUUGUCCAACAGGUUUGCAUUUCCUCCCUGCUGUGAACGAUGCCAAAGAAAGCAAAACCUACAGGGAAUGGGAAGGAAGAAGAGUCUGUUCCCUGCAAGCAGGUGAAGGGGGAGGCAUCUGGCAGACCUUCUAUAUUAAAUUUUGACAGCCCCAGUAGUCUCUUUGAAAGUUUAAUCUCACCCAUCAAGGUAGAGACUUUUUUCAAGGAAUUCUGGGAACAAAAGCCCCUUCUCAUCCAGAGGGAUGACCCUUCGUUGGCUGCAUAUUACCAGUCUCUGUUCAGACUCUCAGAUCUGAAGAGUUUCUGCAACCAAGGGGUGUAUUAUGGAAGAGAUGUGAACCUCUGCCGGUGCAUCAGUGGGAAGAAGAAGGUUCUGAGUAAGGAUGGCAAGGCACACUUUCUUCAGCUGAGAAAAGAUCUUGAUCAGAAGAGAGCAACAAUUCAGUUUCACCAACCACAGAGAUUUAAGGAUGAGCUUUGGAGGAUCCAGGAAAAGCUGGAAUGUUACUUUGGCUCCUUAGUCGGCUCGAAUGUAUACAUAACUCCUGCAGGAUCUCAGGGCCUCCCUCCCCAUUAUGAUGAUGUUGAGGUUUUUAUUCUGCAGCUGGAGGGAGAAAAGCACUGGCGCCUGUACUCCCCAACGGUGCCUCUGGCACACGAGUACAGUGUGGAAUCUGAGGACCACAUUGGCACACCAACACAUGACUUCCUGCUGAAGCCUGGUGAUUUGUUGUACUUCCCCAGAGGGACCAUUCAUCAGGCAGAAACUCCUUCAGGUAUAGGCCACUCUACGCACGUGACCAUUAGCACCUACCAGAACAAUUCAUGGGGAGAUUUCCUUUUGGAUUCCAUUUCGGGGCUUGUGUUUGACACUGCAAAGGAAGAUGUGGCAUUAAGGGCUGGAAUGCCUCUGCGGAUGCUCAUGCAGGUGGAAACCCCAGCCUUUGCAACAAGAAAGUUGAGUGGUUUUCUGAGGACUCUUGCAGACAGGCUAGAAGGUAGAAAAGAACUGCUGUCAUCAGACAUGAAGAAGGAUUUCAUCAUGCACAGGCUCCCCCCUUACUAUGUGGGAAAUGGAACAGAGAUGCUGGAACCAGGUAAAAAAUUGCCAAGGUUGGACAGCAUAGUAAGACUGCAGUUUAAAGACCACAUUGUCCUUACAGUAGGGCCAGAGGAGAAUCAAUCUGAUGAAGCUCAACAAAAAAUGGUUUAUAUCUAUCAUUCUCUGAAGAAUCUGAGACAGACACACAUGAUGGGAAAAGAGGUGGAAACAGAGGCUUAUGGACUUCGCUUUCCUUUAUCACAUGUGGAUGCUCUGAAGCAAAUCUGGAGUGGAUCACCCAUUCCUGUCAAGGAACUGAAACUUCACACAGAUGAAGAAAAGGAGAACCUGGCACUGUCUCUCUGGACAGAGUGUUUAAUCCAAGUGGUCUAGGGCCUGCCUUUAUACAGAGAGUGUCCUUUUUUCUCUGCGCAUACACUCCGUGAAGGGAGAUUUCAUUUCUAGGUGACUCAUGGUGCUCUGAUUAGCACUCUGGGUGGAGGCAUGGUUAAUGUGCUCAUGGACAGGAGAGGGAACUCAGGAAAUUACCAGGUAUCCCAGACUGUGAUAAAAUCAUACUUCUGACAAGUUUAUUUAAUCCAGUGUUGUAGAAAAGGCACAACUCCAUUACAUGUGUCAUAUAGAACUAUGUCAUUAGCCUGGCUCUGUCAUGGUUCUUUGGAAGAAACAACUCCGUUAAAGAGCCUCCUUAGCUCCAAAAAUACUUUUUAACAAAACUCAAAAGUUGG